AUGUCAGACACAGAGUUGGUUCCUGAAGAAGUUCCUGGGUUCAAAGUUGGUGAGAAGAAAUCAAUUCAGGAGUACGCGAAGCUGGACGCCAACGAUGAGUCGCUCAACAAGUGGAAACGGUCGUUGGGACUCAACACCGGCGACUUGCUGCCGGUGAAGGCUGGCGACAAGCGGACGGUCGUGAUUUUGUCCAUGACUUUAAACAUCCGGGGCCAGGAGCCGGUGGUUGUUGAGCUGGAGAACGCGUCGGAUCCAAAGGUUUCGUUCAAAAUUAAGGAGAAAAGUAUCUACCAGCUGGUGAUCAAGUUCAAGGUCCAGGGGGAGAUCAUCACCGGGUUGAGGUACUUGCAGGCGGUGAAAAAGACAGGAAUCACGGUGGACAAGCAAGACGAGCCUCUGGGGUCGUUUGCUCCGUGCACAGUGGACAAGCCGUUCUACGAAAAAGUGUUUGACGAGGUCGAGGCUCCUGGUGGAAUGUUGGCCAGAGGGUCGUACAACGCGGUGUCCAAGUUCAUCGACGACGACAAGGUUGUCCAUCUGACGGUGCCAUGGAGCUUCCAAAUUGUGAAAUGA